AAAUUUCGUCUUUCCGGAAGCUACAGAUAGCCGAAGAAUCUGCUGCCUUCACACUGUGGCUGCUCUGCAGAUGAGACAGAACAGUUAAUUCUCUAUUUAAACCCAGUCUAACGCUUAGACACAGAUAGUGAGCAAUGGAAGUGACAACCAGAUUGACUUGGAAUGAAGAAAGGAGUCUGCAAAAGCUACUCGGAAAUGUCUCCUUGACUCUUCUUUAUAAGUCUACGGUUCAUGGAUGUAGCACAGAAGAUGCGGAUCAGAGAUGCACGGAUCAGGGAUCCAUUCUAAUAAUGAUUUAUCUGUCUGAUGCUAUUUUUGGUGUCUUUAUGCUUGGAAAUUAUCCUAAAUUAAAUAAUUCUGGAAAGCCAAAUUCUUCCUUCUGUUUUUCACUUACAGAGAAGAAUAAUAUAAUUGAAACAUCAUUUUUAAAAGUAAAUUUUGUACCAAAAAUUAGUGGUAAAGAACCGGUAAUCUUUUCACUGGAUUCAGAUACCUUUUCCAUAGUUCCAGACAAAAGUACACAUAAUAUACAAUUUAACUUAAAGGAGAAAUUAAGAGUAGCAAAUUCUUCAAGAGCUACAUAUUUGGAAUGUGAAAUUUUUCGAGUUGAAGGAAUUAUGGUUGAUCCAAGCUACAUACCAAGGAUAAUGAGAGUCACACCGCACAGAAAUAAGCUUCUAUCAGAACUCCGAGCCUACAAACCUCAUGCAGACAUGGUUUCCAAAAUUCGUAUUCUCUUGCUGGGGCCAGUUGGGUCUGGAAAAUCCAGCUUUUUCAAUUCAGUGAAGUCUAUUUUUCAAGGACAUGUGACUCGCCAAGCCAUAGUCGGGUCUGAUAGUACCAGCAUUACUGAACAGUAUAGAACAUAUUCUGUGAAAGAUGGAAAGUAUGGCACAUUUCUGCCCUUUGUGCUGUGUGACUCCAUGGGACUGGAUGAGACAGAGGGAGAAGGACUGUGCAUGGAUGACAUACCUCACAUCUUAAGAGGCCAUGUGCCAGACAGGUAUCAGUUUAAUCCCCAUAAACCAAUUACACCCAAGCAUCCUAACUUCAUCACCUCUCCAUCACUGAAGGACAGGAUUCACUGUGUGGCUUACGUUUUAGACAUCAACUCUAUUAAUAAUCUCUCAUCUAAAAUGGUGGCCAAGCUCAAACAAGUUCACAAAGAAGUAUUGAACUGUGGUUUAGCUCAUGUAGCCCUGCUUACUAAAGUGAGUAACUGUAAUGAAGUUCUUCAAGACAGCUUUUUAAACAUGAAUACAUCUAUGACUUCUCAAAGCCAGAUUGAAAGUAUGGCGGUAACAACUAAUUUGACCUGGUGGCAAAAAAAGAUCCUGCAAAACCAUUUUGGAGAAAAACGACUAAGCCUUCUUUAUAAGGCUAGUGUUCAUACAUUCUCUCGUCACCACCUGCUUGGAAGAUGUUCCAAUCAAGGACCUACCAUAACAGUGAUUUAUGGUGACAACUGUGUUACAGGAGUAUAUGUACAAGAGAGUUACCAGGAACAAGAGGAAAUUUCUUCUGUUAUCAUUUUUGCACUUAAAGAGACUAAAAUUUUAGAAUAUAAAAUAAGAUCAUAUGACUCUUUGUUGUUUGGCUCUCAAUUUAUGUCUAGAAAUGAUGACUUCUGUAUAAAUCUACACAAUCAAAAAUUGUCUAUACCCUCAGAUGUAAGAAAAAAACUUCGACUACCUCAAGAUCAUAUUUCCAUUCAGGAAUGUGAAGUUUUUAGAUGUGAAGAUUUAUUGGACGAAAGAAAUAUAAAAAAGAUCAUUGAGCUUAGAAAUUGCUUAUUGUCUGACCUAAAAGCUUAUAAACCUUACGGAGACCUCAUUCAAGAAAUACGAAUUCUGCUGCUGGGUCCAACUGGAGCUGGAAAGUCUAGCUUCUUCAACUCAGUAAAGUCUAUUUACCAAGGCUAUGUCACACAUCAAGCUUUGGUGGGCACUGAUACGGCUGGGAUAUCUCAAAAGUACAGGACAUAUUCUAUCAGAGAAAAAAAGGAUGGGAACGCCUUGCCGUUUAUUCUGUGUGACUCGAUGGGACUGGGUGAGAAUGAAGGAGGCCUGUGCAUGAAUGACAUAGUGAACAUCUUAAAAGGCCACAUUCCUGAUAGAUACGAGAAUAAUUCCUUGAAACCAAUCACAUCAAAUCAUCCUAACUACAUUGACUCCCCUUUGCUGAAGGACAGAAUUCACUGUGUUGCAUUUGUGUUCGAUGCCAACUCUAUUGAACACCUCUCUGAAGAGAUGGUGGCAAAGAUCAAAAGAACUCGAAGGGAGGUGAUAAAGUGUGGUGUGAUGCAUAUAGCUUUGCUUACGCAUGUGGACACAAUGAAUCUGAUUACAAAAGGUGACCUUAUAGACAUAUACAGAUGUAUGCCUGUUAAGAUUAAGCUAAACCAAGUCAACAGAAAACUUGGAUUUGCUCUGUCUGACAUCUUGGUGGUUAGCAAUUAUACCUCAGAGUGGUCGCUGGACCCUGUAAAAGAUGUUUUGAUCCUUUCUGCACUGAGACAGAUGCUGUGGACUGCAGAUGACUUCUUAGAGGACUUGCCUCUUCAGUAAACAGAGAUUAGAGAAAGGAAAUUAUCAAGUGUUCAAAAGAAGAAAAUAAACAUGAACCCAUCACAUGUUAAUGUUUUUUGUCUCCUCGAGGAACAGUAAAAUUGAGAAAGGAAAAAAUCACAGGAAUAAAGAUAAAUAACAGAGGGCCGGCAGGUGGCAUGGAUGUUGAGGCGGCUGGAUCCCACAGGCUGACCGUGGUUGAUGUCCUGGACCCGGCAGCUUGCU